AUGUCUCCAACCCCCAUCCUCCUCCUCAAAACCAAGUCCUCCCCCAACGAUGGCUACGAAGACUUCUUCUCCGCAAACAACUACACCCCCACCUUCAUCCCAGUCCUAGAACACCGCUUCCACAAAGACAACCUCACCCAAGUCCGCGAUCUCUUCGCAACCGGCGCCUUCGGCGAAACCACCAACAAUGGAAAAGACAACAAGAAAUACGGCGGUCUGAUCUUCACCAGCCAGCGAGCCGUCGAGGGAUUCGCCCAGAUGAUCGAAGAUGAGAAAGACAUCUCUUUCGAUACCAAAUCCCCAUUAGUGCUCUACACCGUCGGUCCGGCCACAGCGCGCACGCUGAAAACGCUGCGCGAUAAACACCUCCCCCACGCUACGAUCCACGGCGCGGAUACCGGGACGGGCGAGAAUCUGGCGCAUUUCAUGCUGGAUCAUUAUAACGCGCGCUACGCUGAGAACAAACCGUCUCUGCUUUUCCUCGUUGGCGAGGUGAGGAGGGAUAUCAUCCCGAAGACGUUGAUGGAUGGAUCACUCGGGGAGAAGAGGAUAGGCGUUGAGGAGAUCAUUGUGUACGAGACUGGGGUGAUGGAGCCCUUUGAGGGGGAUUUCGGGGAUGUGGUCAGUCGGGAGACGGGGGAUGUUUGGGUGGUUGUUUUCUCGCCGACGGGAUGUGAGGCUAUGUUACGGGUUCUGGGGUUGGGUCCGUUUGCUGGAUCUGGAUCUGGAUCUGGGGCUGCGAGGACUGGGAGGGUGUUUGUUGCUACUAUUGGGCCUACGACGAGGGAUUAUCUGCGGGAGAAGUUUGGGUUUGAGGCGCAUGUUUGUGCGCCGAAACCUAGUCCUGAGGGCAUUCUUGAGGGGAUUGAGAAGUUCAUGGGUGCGUUGUGA